AUGGGUCGGAAAACCUGCGGCCAGAGACGCACGGCGCUGCAUGCUCCAGUGGCCCGCAGCACAGACCCUCCAUCUUCCUGCUCGGCCUCCCGCCCCACUUGCCCCAGCCUUAGAGGUCCCACUUCUCUCCGGCUCCCCAGUCCACCCCCACACCUCCCACUUGCCUCCGUGGCUCUCCGUGGCUCCCCGGCCCGGUCCCCUCCCCCGCCACACACGCUGACGCGCGCGAGCGAACACACACACACACACACUGACACGCCAGCGAGCUGCUGGCUGCUCAAUGGACCGAUUUCCCUGCUGUCCCUGAUACCAGCCCAGCCCAGGAUGAGAAACUGCAAAAUGGCCCGGGUCGCCAGUGUGCUGGGGCUGGUCAUGCUCAGCGUUGCCCUGCUGAUUUUAUCGCUCAUCAGCUACGUGUCCCUGAAAAAGGAGAACAUCUUCACCACUUCCAAGUACGCCAGCCCGGGGGCGCCCCGAAUGUACAUGUUCCACGCGGGAUUCCGGUCGCAAUUCGCGCUGAAGUUUCUAAACCCGUCAUUUGUGCCCAUUACGAAUUCUCUGACCCACGAACUCCAAGAGAAACCUUCUAAGUGGACAUUUAAUCGGACGGCAUUUUUACGUCAAAGGCAAGAAAUUCUUCAGCAUGUCGAUGUAAUAAAAAAUUUUUCUUUGACCAAGAAUAGUGUUCGGAUCGGACAACUGAUGCACUAUGAUUAUUCCAACCAUAAAUAUGUUUUCUCGAUUAGCAAUAACUUCCGAUCGCUGCUUCCAGAUGUGUCACCCAUUGUGAAUAAACAUUAUAAUAUCUGUGCUGUGGUUGGAAAUAGUGGGAUCCUGACAGGGAGCCGGUGUGGACAAGAAAUAGAUAAGUCAGAUUUUGUUUUCCGUUGCAAUUUCGCCCCUACGGAGGCUUUCCAAAGAGAUGUUGGAAGAAAAAUCAACCUUACCACCUUCAACCCCAGCAUCCUGGAAAAAUAUUACAACAACCUUUUGACCAUUCAGGACCGUAACAACUUUUUCCUCAGUUUAAAAAAGCUUGAUGGGGCCAUUCUUUGGAUCCCUGCAUUUUUCUUCCACACUUCAGCAACUGUCACCAGGACAUUAGUUGACUUUUUUGUUGAACACAGAGGUCAGUUAAAGGUCCAAUUGGCUUGGCCUGGGAAUAUAAUGCAACAUGUCAACAGGUACUGGAAAAACAAACAUUUGUCACCCAAACGGCUGAGCACAGGUAUUCUUAUGUACACUCUUGCAUCAGCAAUAUGUGAAGAGAUCCAUUUGUAUGGAUUUUGGCCUUUUGGAUUUGACCCCAACACUAGGGAAGAUCUUCCAUACCAUUACUAUGACAAAAAAGGAACCAAAUUUACCACCAAGUGGCAGGAGUCCCACCAGCUGCCUGCUGAGUUUCAGCUGCUGUACCGAAUGCAUGGGGAAGGGCUCACCAAGCUGACUCUGUCACACUGUGCCUAA